GGAGGGGCCAGGAGGGCGGGGCGCCCGCCCCCAGCCGCGCUGUCGCCGCCCAGCCCGGCCCAAGCGAGCGGGUCUCGAGGAUCGCUGGCCAAGCACGCUGGAACACCCCCACCCCUGCAGCGGCGCCCCCACUUUCCAACCCCUGCGGCGCACGCGGAUACAGCUGACCCGGGACGCAGGCAAGACACCAGGCGCGGGGCGCGAAGAAUCGGGUACUGGCGCGGGAUGCGAACGCAAGGCUUCUCCUUCUGAUGAAAAGAGAAGGGAAGGAUGGACUACACGCACCAAACUGCCCUAGUCCCGUGCGGACAAGAUAAAUACAUGUCCAAGAAUGAACUUCUCCUCCAUCUGAAGACCUACAACUUGUACUAUGAAGGCCAGAACUUGCAACUCCGACACCGAGAGGAAGAAGAUGAGUUCAUUGUGGAGGGGCUGCUGAACAUCUCCUGGGGGCUGCGCAGGCCCAUUCGGCUCCAGAUGCAGGACGACCACGAGCGCAUCCGUCCCCCGCCGUCCUCCUCCUCCUGGCACUCCGGCUGUAACCUGGGAGCACAGGGCACCACCCUGAAGCCCCUCAGCACGCCCACCGUUCAGAUCUCAGAAGUGGAUAUGCCUGCUGAAGGCAGGGAGACACCCAGCCCCACAGACUCCAGGGGCCUGAAGCCUGUUCAGGAGGACACGCCACAGUUGAUGCGCACACGCAGUGAUGUUGGGGUGCGUCGCCGUGGCAAUGUAAGGACAUCCAGUGACCAGCGGCGAAUCAGACGCCAUCGUUUCUCUAUCAAUGGCCAUUACUACAACCACAAGACAUCAGUUUUCACACCAGCCUAUGGCUCUGUCACCAAUGUCCGAAUCAACAGUACCAUGACUACCCCGCAGGUCCUGAAGCUGCUGCUCAACAAGUUUAAGAUUGAGAACUCAGCAGAGGAGUUUGCUCUGUACGUGGUCCAUACCAGCGGUGAGAAGCAGAAACUGAAGAACUCUGACUAUCCCCUGAUCGCCCGCAUCCUCCAGGGCCCAUGUGAACAGGUCUCCAAAGUCUUCCUAAUGGAGAAGGACCAGGUGGAGGAGGUCACCUAUGAUGUGGCCCAGUACAUCAAGUUUGAGAUGCCAGUCCUGAAGAGCUUCAUUCAGAAACUCCAGGAGGAAGAGGACCGGGAGGUGGAGAAGCUGAUGCGCAAGUACACUGUGCUUCGGCUAAUGAUUCGGCAAAGACUGGAGGAGAUAGCAGAGACCCCUGAGACUAUCUGAGCCAUAGGAACAAGAGGUAUCCAGACACUCCAGGAGCUGCUGAUGACCUGAGAAGACCCAUGGGAAGCUAGGCACUGUUCUUCCACAGAAAUGUUUCCACACGAACAUCUGCAACCCCCCAAAAGUCAGCAUUGCUCCCUGGAGUAGGAAACAGAAGCAGCAGACAGCUCCAAAUCUCCAGACCCCUGCCCUCCUUUGUUUCAUUCUUAAGAGAUCUCAUUCUAAGGAGGAACCACAAUGUGUGUGUUCACAUACCCCAGUGUUUGUGUGUGUGUGUGUGUGCACACAUGUCUGGGUGUGUAUGUGGGCACACAUGUGUGUGCAUACAUGUACUUAUUAUGUCCUUAUGCCUCCCUGAUGCUUUCAUAUGCAAUUAAACGGCCAAGCAGCCAGCACAGGUGCCACGAGGCUGGCAGACAUCCUGCUCCUGGGCAGGACGAAUGGGAGUAGCUAAGUCUUAGGCCUCUUCCAGUGCCAAUGGCAGUCACACGUAUCUGCCAUGUUUAAAGUGAAGAGGAUUCUGCAGGCUCACCAUUUGGAAUGCCUGAAGGUUUGUGGCCGAGAUUCUCUCCAUUUGUCAAGACGGAAGGGCGACUGUGAGAUCCUUGGGAAUUGGUGAUGUGACAGUCCCAGGCCCUUGGGCAAGUCCAGUGAAAUGGAAAAGUGUGGGGCAGAUGCAGUGAGUCUGUGUUUUGCACGGGAAAGGUUAUCAUUGGAGAGAGCACAAUGAAUGUCCUGUCCUAUGUGGACACCUGGAAAGGAUGGAUUCUGCCUCUGUUCUUGGCUUCUGGACACUUCUGGGUGUUUCUGCUCUCUCAAUUGCAACUCCAGUUCUUGGUGUCCUCCUUGACUUGAAGAAAAACCUUCUGAAACUAAAGUGUCUGGAGCGAAUAUGACGCUAACCUGCCCAUGUGCCAGGGUGUGUUUGGAGAUAAACCACGUUCAGAAGUUUCUAAGCACUGAUAGAGACCACCUGCUGAAAUGGCAGGUCCUUCAAGCCCCUGCACACAUCAUACCAGUAAGAGUCGUCCCCACGUGGAGUUGGGGCUUUGCACUUGAAGCUAAUACAUUAUUCUUUCUGCUCUGCACACUUGCAAGCUCCUCCACCUUCUACAAGGAGAGGGAUUCCCAGAAUGAAGACUCACCCUGGUUUUGAUUCAACCCAGGGAUCACGGAAGCUCUUUGGUGGUGUCCUGUAUAGUGUGGGCUGAGAGAAUGGUUCUCGCUUAGCCUAUGAGCAGCCAUGCUGGUGAAUUUUAAAACCAGCCUCAUUGGCAGAAUGGGCGGGCAUGGAUGGAUCUGUACCCCUCCAUUCAGGAAACCCUUGCAGCCGGCCACCUGUGUGGAUUGUACCGUUCAAGGUGGGACAGAGAUGCUGGGAGCUUGGUUCCGGUCUAUGAAACACAACCAGGCAAGAUGAGCAGCUCGUAACUCAGGCGCACCUCUGAGCUUUGCCGUAGCAGAAGGUCAUUCCCUGCCUGCUCUCAAGAAAACUCCAGAAGUGUAGCAGCCGAGGGCCCUGUCGAGUGUGCCUUUUAAGGAAGGUGGACCUCUGCAGUAGGCAUGUUCCUGAUGCUGUUCUCCACCCAUCUUAGAAGGUCUCAUUGUAGGCUUUCAAGUGACAGCAUGUGGCCAGCCAUUUUGCUGGAUAUCACUUAGCAACCUAGCUCCUCUGCUGGGCAGCACCGUCCAUUCCAUGGGCAGUGGGAUGGAAACCCAGAGGACCUUAGUCCCAGUCAUACCCUUCAAUAGCCAUCAUCAAAGCACAAAACUAGGGGCAGCAGAUGCUGUGUCCCUUAUAAUCAUAAACUUCAGUGGACUUCAGGAAAGCACAAAACUCAGCAGAGAGCUGGGGGGGUCCCUUUUAUUACAGAUGAAGAGAAGCUCUGUGGAUGCAAAUAUGUAAGAAAAUAAUUCGACAAUUUCCCUUCCAGUUAUUUUUAUCUUGAAUGUUCAGAGCCCCAUAAUUCUCCCUUGGGGGUUAGGGGGCUUUCCACAGAGCACUAGCUCUUACUGGAAGGGGAUGUCUGGGUUAUAAACAUUCUUUGUGAUCCUGUUACUCUGUGACUGUUGCAGAGUUCAGGUGCCAGGCUCUCCAAGAAGGUGUUGCCAAGGUGUGGGGUCCAGAAAGAGAAUUGGGGUACAUAUCCAGUAAUCCAUCUUGGCCCACCCCCUAGAAUCAUUUCUUAACAUCCAGAUAACUGAACAAGAAUUUUAGGAACUUGGCUGGGAAUGUGAUUCGGUGGUAGAGCACUUGGUGUGUGAGAAGCCAACUUCAAUCUCUACUAUCAUAAAAAAAAGGAAAGAAAGGAAGGAAGGAAGAAAAAGAUAGCAGUUGGGUGUGGCCCAGUGGUAGUGGGAUUACUUAGUGUGUUAGGGCCUGGUUUCCAACUCCAGCACCAAGUGCCACCCCGCCCCGUGAACUUGGGAAACCUUUAAAAUGGCUGCAUCUAAACAGAUCGCUGCAGUGGUGACUGGAUUUUCUCACUGGUGUCACUUGGCCUCACAGCUUUGAACUCCAAGACUGCUUUGUGUAGGUUUAUGUAAUUGUGUGCAAUGAACCUGAGAUCCGGAGGAAUAAAAGACCAAUGCAUGGGGGGAGGGGUUAAUCCCACUUGUGAAAAGCGCUUGGCUGCAUCUGGACUCCUUUUCCUCCUGCAAAGGCUUAUGUUACAAGGUGCUGAAGAGAAGAGAACAUCAGGCACAGGCUCGCAUUCUCAGUGACAUUAGUGGGGUGGCGAUGGCUCAAAGCCUAUGGAGGUGUUAGUUGGAAAGGGCCCAAAGCCUGCCUGUGUUCCUGGUGGAGGGCACACGGCUAACACUGGACAGACUACAGCUGAGCCUGAGGAGAGAGCCUCAAGAGGACAAUACCUUGGCCCAAAGCCAAGAUGUUGGCCUGAGACGAGUUGAUAUUUUUGGAAGGAAAUAUUUGCACCCAUCUCCUUCCUAACUGUUUCUAGAAACUUCCAGAUAAAGACACUUUAUCAUUUUAUCUGUGGCAUAUGAUGAUCUUCCCAAGUCUGUUGUUUGUGCAAAAAUCUUGGCAAGGAUUGUGUUUUGUGUGUUUAUUUGGUGUCAGGAUGGUGGAUGAGGAAACUGUCCAAAUGGCAAGAAGCACUCAAGAAAUACCAGUUCUUACAAAAUGACAAAAAUAAAAUUUCAAAAGAAAAGCCAUAUUUUACUGGAAGCUUUGUAACAUGGAGAAUUUGGGGAUCAGGAAAGAAAGAAAUUUCCAAGAAAGAAAUACGGCCGGUGACCAGAGGAUGUUUAGUGUCCCACAACAGCGAGACCAGCCCAGGGUGAGGGAGGAGACAGGAGGCUGCCCGGAGCUCACUUCCACAGUUCUGAAGUUUUUACUUGGGCUGUUUUCUGUAAAGUCUGGCUCCUGACAGAUGAGAGUGCAUCAUGAGAAUAAACUUGGCUCAGUGGGACAUUCCUUCUUGCAGACCGAUUGAAAGUGCUCACCAAGUCUUGAGAUACACACACACCCCCUCCUGUUCCCACUGAACUGAGAGCAGAGGUGCUUAACUGUGAACUUUCGGAAAAGCCCCGGUAUCCAGGCUGCUGGCUUCUGGGGUUACUGCUAGUGUUCCUUCAGUCUCCCUCCUAGUUACGUGUAGUCUUUUUUCUUUGUCAUAACUUGCCUAUUAGGAAUGGUACACGACUUAGUUCAACGAUUGGUUUUGAACUGAUAAACAGAUGUGUGUAGGCAUCUUGACAUGAUUUGAUGAGGUCUCAGUGGGAAGCCAUGGUUUUGUAACCUUUUUUUAUUUUAAAUGCACCUGAUUUAGACCUUAUUUAAAUAAAGCAGUUUUAGAAGAACA